AUGGCUUCGGUAACAAAUCUCGACAAUGAUGUUAAUAGCAAGCGGGGUGACAGAGUCACUCCAGCUACUGUGAACGAAGUGAGGAAUUUCAUUGAGGAAUCACUUGGAGAGAAAUUACCUGAUGUUGGAGAUGACCCCCGCUUUGGCACAUACAACAUACUUGCCGCACUGAAAGAUGGAGUUGCGCUUUGCAAGCUCGCAGCUCUGAUUGAUCCUGCAAAAGUCCGCGGGUUUAAACCUAAAGCAACAAUGCCUUUUAUACAACGAGAGAAUAUUGCUUUGUUUCUUGCCGCAUGUGAGAAGCCGCCCUUGAACCUACACGCGCAUGAUAGGUUUCUCACAGUGGAUCUCUACGAUGGUAAAGAUCCUGCGCAAGUACUUCAAUGUCUCGCCGCGUUCAGCAGAGCAGCGAACCGAGUCGAGCCUUCGAAAUUUCCUAAUCCUAUCGGCGCGAAAUCUCGUGGGGGUGUUGUGAGCCCGCAGGUGACUGGACAAUACCUUGGAACUGGUUACGGUAACAGGGCCAGAGAGGCUUCAACUACCAGCACUGCAUCAUCGAAUAACAAGCCUGCUUCUACUUUGACUGCGUCGAGAACCGGUGGUUCGGACAGUGGUAGAAAAAGUCCUAGCAGAUUCGGUCGGCCUACAUCCCCUGGUUCAGUCAGUACUUGGAGUAAGAAGUCUGACGAGGGUGCGACAGCUCCGGCCUGGAAUAUUGCGCAAUAUGGGUACAUGGGAGGUGCAAGUCAAGGCAAUAUGGGGGUUUCAUUUGGUGGCAGGAGACAAAUUACAAACGCUGGCCCGAGUGUUCCGAGUCUUGCUGAAAAGGAGAAGAAACGAAGAGAAAAAGAAGCAGAGGAUGCACGACUAAAGCUUGAAGCAGAAGAACAGGCGAGACAAAGAGUUGUGGCAGAGGAGGAAAAGGCUCGUAUCCAAGAGGAAAAAAGAUUCGCUGAAGAAACCGAGAAAUUGCGACAAAAAACACUGAAUGAGAAACGAGAAUGGGAGGAACAAGAACGCAGAUGGAAGGCGGAAGAGGAUCGCCGAAAGCAAGAUGAGGCGGAGGCCGAAAAUAGAGCAGCGGAUGAGCGAAAGAGAUUGAGAGGUACUAGCGACGCUCGAUUACAAGGACAAUUUCUCAGUCAAUAUCAAGCUGAAAAUGACUUGAAUAAGAAGGGUCGCAGAACCAAUUCUACCGAGGCCGACAGGAUUAAGGAAUUGGAACGUGAAUUGGCAGAAGCUCGGGACCGGGAGCGUCGAUACCAAGCCGAAAGAGUAUCAAAACACAAAACCGGUGAUCGUGAAGCCAUCGAAGAUCAUGAUUUGACACUGCGAUUGAAGGAGGAGUCAUCAAAAGCUCGUCCAGGAUCUGGUGGUGCUCCCAAUCUACCACCACGAAAGGAUAGCGAGGAAACAUGGAGAAAAGAUGAACGAGACUACCUUCGCAAACAAUGGAGCUCGCAAAAUACCAGUGAGGAUACACCGCCACCAAUUAAACCUCCUCGUCCAAUGCCAGAACCUACUGUAGCUGCCAUUAAUCCUGAACACACCGGUGAAGCAAGACCUCUACCAAAUCCAGCAAACUACACAUCCCCAACAUCUAAAGUCCCAAACCGUACUGACCGCUUCCUUUCCUCAAACCCUCCACCAACCCCACCAAGACCAACCACAACUUAUUCAAAUGAAAUAGGAACAUUCUCUGGAAAUGCCGAACGCGAUGCAGAAGAUCGUCGUCGUGUCGAAUCUCAAACCAAAACCAAAGCCGCGGAAUGGGCUUCCAAAUCUUUACUGGAAAAGGAAAUGGAGAUGGAGCGACAAAGACAACAGGAAUGGGAAGAAGGUCAGAAGGAGGUUAAGAGUAAGGUUCCUGCUGGUGAUGGAGUUGAUGGCAUUGGUGGGGGUAUCGGAGGAAAGUGGGAUGUCAAUCAGUGGACGGGUUAUACUGGGGGUGAUGGGCAGAAUAAGGGAACUCAGGGAAUUGGAGCUGGUAGACGUCAAAUUGUGGGGCAAGCGUCUAACGUGGGGAGAUAG